AUAAAACAGAAAUUGCUUGAAAAUGGUUGUGGUGAUAAUUUCGUUUGUGGAAGAACUCUGGAUUUCUUCUGAGGAUUGCUUCUUAAAGUGAUUUAUCUACUGUCUUUUAGCGCUAUAUCUAGACAAUACGUAAUGGGAGAGUGUCCAACUCCAGGCAUCCAUCUUGGAAAUUCAGAAACAAACUCUACUUUUUGGGGGAAUAUAUCGUUACUCACUGAAUCUGCCGCUGCCCUUCAAAGCUCUACUAACGAAAGUGUGGAAAAGUUAAAAUUCAUCGCUUAUGGAAUCGUAAGUUCCAUCAUCAUAGCCCUUGGAAUUCUAGGAAAUUCUAUCAAUUUAGCCGUUCUCACCAGGCCUAAUCUCAAAGGAGUUACCUUCGUCUACCUUACAUGGCUCGCCAUUUCUGAUCUCAUGUCUCUAGUGGUGAGUUUGAGUUCUAUGUUCAGACUUCAUGGCAUGCAGCCCAGGACGUAUACGGCUGCUGUAUACUAUUCACAUAUUGAAAUGCCUCUUGUGAAUGCCUUCAUGGCAAGCAGCGUGUUCUUGGUUGUAGCUUUAACAAUCGAUAGAUAUUUUUCAGUAUGCUUGCCAACAAGAUUUAAAGAAGUACAUAAUACUGAACGUGCCAAGCGCUCGAUAGCAGCGGCUUAUAUAUCUGCAUUCAUUUUGUACAUACCCGUUUGUUUUCAAAAGAAGCCUGUGGCAGUGGCAGUGCCAUUCACCAACAAAACUGAAUAUAUAUCGUGCGAAUACAUGCCAGUGGCAUCGCAUACGGUUUUUAAAGUGUAUCUCAUGGUUAAAGAAGUGAUUGUCCGACUUGGCCCUGUGGUGCUGUUAGCAGUUUUGAAUACAACCAUCAUAGUAACUUUUAGGAAAACGCUCAGCAAAAGGAGAGAAAUGCUGAAUAUGCCCAAUGCCAAUUCUUCCAGUCAGCAGCAGAGGGAUGGUAACAAAAAAUACAGAGAAGAACAAAGACUUAUUAUAUUGUUAGCUGGUAUUGUGAUACUCUUUUUCAUUAGCAUGACACCAGCUGCCAUUUUAACUAUACUGAAUAGUGACGACAAAGAAUUUAACUUUGGCUUUCAGUUAUUCAGAGCCAUUGCUAAUGUUUUAGAGCUAUCAAACUACGCGAUGAACUUUUACGUCUAUUGCAUGUGCAGUUCUGAAAUUCGAAGGACUUUCUUGGCGCUAGCAACUUGCACAAAACCUACUCUUCACGCAAGCUCUGCGAGCAGUAAACCGUCAGUGGAGAGUAACUAUAAAUACUAAAUAAGGAAAUCCUAGCCAUUUGAGCAAGCAUACGCUGUGCCAUAUGGUUUUUAGGUUUAGUAAGAUGUAACAUACAUUUGUUACACCUACAGUGUAAUAUCAAAUUGACUAGAGAUACUUGGGUUUUAACUUUAUUGAAAUGAGAGCAUAAUAAGGGCUCGAUAAUUGAAUCAAGAUUUAAAGUUAUGAAUAAUUGAGCAAUGAAGGUAAUGUGCUAGAAAAAAGAUUCACAGAUUUUUUCUUUUCGUCUAUGAAAAUAAAACUAUCAAUUUACUUUGGAAGGAAAAGGUUUUUUUGCUCAUGGAAAUCAUGAAUAUCUUUAAACGAACGGAUGACGCUUCAAGACUUUAUAAAAUAAUAUAAUAGUAUUUAAAGUUUAAUACUUUGUUUUGCUUGUUUCGCAUGUUGCCAUUUCGUAUAUCUAAACAAGUCAUGACGCUUAACUUUUUUUUUUUUUUUUUUUUUUUUCCUUAAAAUGAAGGAUACAAUUUUAGCAUGACAUUUAUUGCUGCUAUUUAUAAAUCCAGAGUUAUUUUUUUAAUUUGGAAGUUUCUUUAAAAGAUAUUCUGGUAGUAGAAUUAAUCACGUUUAGAUUUAACAAUUACAAAUUCUUAGUGUCAAAUUUUUAAGAACGAUAGCUUACAAAAGGACUUACCUGUGAAGAGAAGAAAAUACAUUUCAGUAUAUUUCUUAGGAUAGCGUACAGUUAUGUGAUGCUCUAACAGAUGUGAAUAUAAUAAAUGCUACUUCCGCUUACUUUUUAUGGGCAUUUGAAAGGCGGCUAACUGUGUCCCGAAGUAAAAUGCGUGGAGUGUGUAAAACAUUGUGGCGGAAAUACACGAUUUAUAUGAAGUAUAAUCCGUUUAUAAUUAUGAAAGUGCAUACUUUAGAUAAAGGCACUGGUCAAUUAGAUGAAAAUAUUUAACAUCUAUGUAGCGGAUUUCUUAAUGAACAUUUGGAAUAGAUCUUUGUGAUUAUAUAAGAGUUUACUUGAUAUAUUUUGUUAUAUAUAUACAUAUUUAAAUAACAAAAUUUUCUUCGAGCUUCAGAAAUGCAUCAGCACGCAAAAUGUUCAGAAAAUCUAGCAUUUUGAUGAGUUCAUUUUGUUCUUUUGUAUACACAAAAUUGUUCAAUCUGUGAUUAUGACAUUUUUAAGCUUUCUUCUGCCAUCAAUAUUUAAUAACUUACAUCUUAGAUGUGUUUUGUGAUAUUAUCGACCCUCUAUUUAUGAAAUUAAUUUUAUUGCUUGUAUUGAAUUUGAUUAUUUCUUAGUAAUUCUUAAACUGAGUAUUUCACCAGUGAAUUAGAUGGAACAAAUUCGAAUUUAGGAUUUUUUAUGUUUUUAUGUCGAAACAAGAGUUCUGCCAGAGAGCAUUUUAAAUUCUGUGAUGGUUGUAAAGAUCUUAAAUUUUUACAAAAUAUUUGUAUGUGUUUAUGGAA